CAGAAAGACACGUUGCACGCAGACGGUUAAAUGAUCGGAGCCGCUGAGUCGAGUUGAGUCGGUCUGUUUCAUUCAACCAGGGAGGACAGAAGGAAGUUACCCAGACCUUAAAUAAAAUAACACCACUAUCUGGAACCACAGAGACACAUAAUGGCUUCUAAUAAUGUCUCGGCCGGUAAAUGGGAGGUGGUGAAGAAAGGGAAGAAGGGCAGCAGCAGCUCCGGAGGACCAGCAGCAGCAGCAGGAGGAGGAAACAAGAACCAGACCGAGAAGAAGACCAGCAGCGGGGCGAGGAAAGCUCUGGUCGAGUCCAACCAGACAUCCAGACCGCCCAUAGUGAUGUCAGAGACUCUGUACGACAACUUUGAGAAGAUGGGAAAGAAGCAGAACAAGGAGCAGGUUCCCCCGCCAGCCGAGCCUGAAAAUAAGAAGCCAUCAUCAAGUAAACCAUCCAAGAAAUCACACUCCAGCAGUCCAGUCGCCCCCACAACUCACAAGACCCUCGAGGAAGCCUUCAAAACUUUGGAUGUCGGGGACCUUAAGCAGCAGCUGGCCCGCAGUCAGACCUUGUUCCCAGAAAACCCAUCAGUGUGGGUCAAAGACCUGGCGGGAUACCUCAACCUCAAUCUGACAGCGCAGGAGAGCGAGCCCACACUCAGCAGCUAUGCUCACGACUACCCAUACUGCCUUUCAGGAAAAGAGCUGAAGGCUGUGAUUAAAGGCCUCAUCGGGCGCUGCAGCGACAUUCUGCCAGAUUUCUUCGACCACUGUGUUUAUACGAUGCUCAGGGAGCUGGACAGACAGACAGGAGAACCUCUGCAUGGCUACAGAGUUUGCAUCCAGGCAAUCCUGCAGGACAAACCCAGGAUAGCCACCAUAAACUUGCCAGAGUAUUUGGAGUUACUGCGAUCUGUUCAGAAUCGUCCUGUGAAGUGUUUGACCAUCAUGUGGGCUCUUGGCCAAGCCGGGUUUUAUGACCUCAGCCAGGGAUUAAGAGUGUGGCUGGGUAUCAUGCUUCCUGUGCUGGGAGUGAAGUCCUUGUCUUCAUACGCCAUCGCAUAUCUGGAGAGACUCCUCCUACUUCAUGCAAACCUGACUAAGGGAUUUGGCAUCAUGGGUCCUAAAGAGUUCUUUCCUUUGCUGGAUUUCGCCUUCAUGCCCAAGAACGCCCUGUCAUCAGGUCUGCAGGACCAGCUGAGGCGUCUGUACCCUCGACUGAAGGUCCUCGCAUUUGGAGCCAAACCUGAGAGCACAUUACACACAUACCUGCCAUCAUUUCUGUCCAGAGCCACACCGCACUGUCCAGACGACAUGAAGAGAGAGCUGCUCAGCAGUAUGACGGAGUGUUUGUGUGUGGAUGUCCAGAGUCUAGGAGUGUGGAGGCAGCUCUAUACCAAACACUUACCCCAGUCCAGUCUGCUGUUGAACCAUUUAUUUAAGUCCUGGAAUAUCCUGCCACCAAAGCUCCGGAAGAACCUUGAAGAAACAAUCCAGUCUUUCAAAGUGACCAAUGAGGAGAUGAAAGACACCGUUGAAACUCAGGAGCUUCAGGACUGCAAUAACCUGUGUCAGAAUCUGCAGGUCAAGAUGCGUGGUCGUGGGUUCCCCUGGUCCAAACUGCUCAUGGUUCUGCUCGUGUUCGCCGCCGGCUUCAUCGCACAUGACAUCAGAUCUCAAGGCUCCUUCGCAGACUCCACCACAGCCUUGUAUCUGCGCAACUCAGGGGUCACCGCCGUAUCCCAGCAGGCCUGGAGCAAAAUAAAGGUCUACUCUACACAGGGUUUCAGCUGGUUGGAGACAAACACUCCUCAUUACUACUCUGAGUGUGCGCGGGUUCUGGGGCCACUAAUGGAACAAGGUUUGGAAAAGACGAAAACAGCCGCCAUCUUCAUCUCUGAAAACACCACGCAGUUUAUCCUCUGGGUCAAAGAAAAGACGCCGCAGGCUAUAGAAUGGGUGAACACCAACACGCCCGACAGUGUGUUCCAGGUGUUGGCGUAUUUAAAGGAGCUGCUCCUCUCCCUCCAUCACAACUACAUCCUGCCAGCGCUGGCGUACAUUUCUGAACUGCUACAACGAGCGUGGGCCAACCUACAGGACUCCUGCAACGGCGAGGUGUCUGUAUCGUGUCUGCAAGGCCACGCUGUGUCCUUCACCAACUCAACGUGGCAGCUGCUCCAACACACGACGUCGGCCAUCAAGACGUGGGCUCAGGAGCUGCUGACACGAGCGUGAUGACAUCACAGAUGCUGAAUAAUUAACACACACACACAUAAUAUAUACACACAUGAAGUUAUAUACACACACGCACAGACACGCUGACCCAAUCUGAGGCUGCCUUUCAGUGCGUCGGCUCCCGUCUCAAGCCGUGAUUGGACGCUGUGGGGUCAGACAAACAAACUCUCACUCAAAAGGACCCCUUCGAUCUCUUCUAUCUCUUGUUUUGGCUACAUUUUUUAAAAUCAGUUUGCUGUUGUAUAGAUGUUUUUUUCUACCAAUCUUUUUGUCAGUGCUGGACGCAGAGGUCGUAUCUCUCUCUCUCUCUCUCUCUUUUUCUCUCCCUGAGUUUUCUACUGCAAAUUUCAGCUGUUGCUUUAACCUUUGGGUUAAACAGAUUGUGUAAUUUAUAGAAAAAUGUAGGUUUGUAGAUGAUUUAUAAACCAUUUUUAUUUAAAGAUAUAUAUAUAUAAAAAAAGUGUUAUGUGAAAACUUGGUAAAGGGCAGGGAACAGACCAAAAACGAUAUUCCAGACUUCUCUAAGCCACUGAAGACCUCAUUAGCUGACUUCUGAGCGCCACUUCAUCUCCGGAUCAGAUGCGGUAUGUUCAUGUGUGUCAGGCUCAGUAAAAAGCCUUCAUCAAACCUGAGAAUCUGUCCAGUGGGCAGCUCACAGUGUAAAGCCUUCAACAGGAAAGAUAUCGUGGGUAAAAGGGUCAAAACUGCUGGUGAAACAAGUCUCUCAUCAGUCACAAAAGGUCCAGAAGAAGAAGAAAUCUACCUGCUGUCUCGUUUUUGCUGCUUCGUCAUCUGUCUGCUGUUUCUCGUGCUUUUUCAUUUGCCAUCAGUAGCUCAACACCGGAGCUGAAAGCAGUGUUCUCAUACGUGAAGGCUGAUGAUAUUCUGUGUGUGUGUGUGUGUGCGUGUCUGUGUGGAUCAACAAGCUUAUUCUCAAUAAUGGGAUCAUGAUUAACCCCCGUGCCAAUGUCCUCCUGAAUAACCCCCCCCCCGCCCGUCUGGGCAAGGCAAACAUUUCUGACCAGCUGAUUCACUAACCCUUCCUUGUAAAACGAGAUGUUAUGAUGGAUAUGGCAAUGACUAAUGUCUUACUUUGUAAUGUAAAUGAUUUAUAAUAAAGAAUUCAACCCCA